AUGGCUAGCCCAUUUAAUCCUUUUGCGGGCCGUGGCCAGAGGGGUGGCGCGCAAGGUACACAAGGUGCGCAAGGCUUCACAGGUCGGGGACGAGGAGCAAAUACCGGGUUUACAUCAACACAUGCGCCUAGGGGAACAGGUGCACCACGCGCAGGGCGGGCCCGCGGUCGUGGACGAGGGUCGGCGACGUGGACCGCUCGUGGGCGUGGUCGCGGCGUUCCGAAUGGUACUAUUAAUGGGACGCACCAAGCCGGAGAAGAAAAUAGGCCGAAUGGGGUGCAGUCGCCUUUUGCACAAGGGAAUAAAACCAACUCAAUGGCAUCGCCUUUCGGGGCGCAACCGACGCAACAGUCCCCGUUUUCCAAACCACCAAACGGGACUCCUCCUUCGACCCUCUCCAACUCCUCAUCCUCUCAACCUCAACCCGCCAACCCUUUCUCCCAGCCCAUUGCAAAUUCCCUAUUUUCUCAAAAUUCAAAUAAUAUGAACGCCCAAGCCUCGGCAGGCUUAGCCGGUGUGGCACCAGGAGGUGCCGUGCCUGUGGAGAAUGCCUCGACCAUGAACAGUUACCAAGAAAGAUAUGAACAACUUAAAAUUGAUCGUGCGGCUCAACGCCAAAAAGCGAUCAGGGAUGGUCAGAUGGCAGAUCCAAACCAGCCCACCUCUUUGAAUCAUGCAAUCACGCCCGUGGGUACCUGCACUAGCAUGUGUCCCGAUUUCGAGAGCGUGGAACGCAUUGUGCAAAAAAUGGUCGACAAGUGUGAAAAGUAUUUGCAUCCAUCAACGAACCAACUGCAAAAUAUGGAGACCAAGAUGCUCAAGCGCUUCCGGCGUUCUGCAGCUGGGUAUGACGAGCAAUUGCCCUCUGACAUUCGGACUCCAAACACUCUUUUGCAGACCAUGAACUAUCUCAUGCGCCAUGUCCUUAGUGGCAAAGAGCCAUUGGCUAUUGUCCACAAAUUUGUUUGGGACCGGACACGUUCCAUUCGAAAUGACUUCUCAGUCCAGCAACUUACACAGGAGGCGGAUGUCAAGGUCGCAGUUACCUGCCUGGAACGAAUUGCGAGAUUCCACAUCGUCUCUUUGCACCUUCUUUCUAGCCCUGCGAACACGGAGCCAUUCGAUCAUCACCAAGAGCGAGAGCAGCUCAACAAUACUAUGCUCUCUCUCAUGUACUAUUAUGAUGACAACCGGGGUCGCAUCAACUUCGCUAACGAGGCCGAGUUCCGCGCCUAUUACAUCCUGUUCUCGAUCCAUGACCAGCGACCCGACCUGGAAGCCCGUGUUCAAAAAUGGCCAGCGGACCUACUCGCUUCGCCGCGGGUGCAGGUGGCUUUGGAGCUCUUUGCUGCUGCUGGUAACACCUGGGAACCUCAAGGUGCUUUGGAUGCUCGCCGGCCGAAUGCUAUUGCUCAAGGGUUCUACACUCGCUUCUUCAACAUCAUUAAUUCUCCAAGUGUGUCUUAUCUGAUGGCUUGUGUCGCGGAGGUUUACUUCAACCACAUCCGUCAGACAGCCAUUCGAUCGAUUUGGAAAGCCUACUGCAGAACCCCUCAGUCACAGCAAUACAAAAACGACCAGUGGACUGUCGAGGAAUUGACCAAGGUUUUGCAUUUUGAUAAUGACCAGCAGACAAUCGACUUCUGCACCGCUCAGGAUCUGCGAUUUGCAGAAAAUAGCGAAGGCGGCCUUUACCUCGAUUGGGGUGACCGUCAAGUCGACUCUGUUGAUUUUGCACCUUCAUCUGACCACUCGUUCUCUGAAACCUAUGUGGAAUCGAAGCGUGCUGGCCGAACUCUCGUGGCUAUAAUCCUUGGGAUGAGCAUCAGAGAAGCCGCCAGGAUGGGCAUGAUCGACCGUAAUCAAGUGCCUAUUCGAAGUGUGGAUUCUGAUCAGGCUGACUCGCAUGAUGGGAACUUGUUCGUGAGCCCUGCUGGCAACCAAACCCCAGCACCUGUGGUAGAAGCAAACAUGGACAUGUCCUAUCCCCCAACUGCCCCGGCUACUGGCCUUCCGAACGUCUUCGACAAACCAGGUCAGACAAGCUCGACAGGAUCCCCGGCUUUAUUCCCACAGUCAGGAAGCGUCGAACCGCCCGGAAGCGCUUUCCAGUCUCCCCCAACCGCCGGAUCUGUCUUCGACAGCAAAACAAACAACCCUUUCCUCCAAUCCAAGCCGGCCGAAUCAUCCACUUCUUCACCCUUUGUCGCCUCUCCAGUGUUGAAUCCAUUCGCCAAGGCACCAGAAGUGGCCAAAGAACCCGAAGCUCCUCCUACAGCCACUAAGUUGGAAGCGUCGCCUUUUCAAUUAAGCUUCCCCAAGCCUGCUGCAGAAGAGAAACAGACUUCCAUUUUCACAAACCCUGCCGGUCCUUCACCAUCCCCACCUAUCUCGAACCCCUUCGCCCUUACCCCACCUGCAUUACCCAAGGUGCCAACACCCGCACCGGCACCAGCACCAGCUGCGCCAUCAACGCUGUUCCAACCUGACAGCUCCUUGCCUUCAUCGUCGACUAGCGAGAAGGCCCCCACUGUGGCUCUGGCCAGCUCUACUUCUAUGUUCCCUUCUGUCGCCAAUCCUUUCACUGCUUUAUCGCCAUUCUCGUUCUCGAAGCCAGCGGAGACACCUCAGAAGGAUGCUACUCCUGCAGCCCCUACUCCUGCAGCCCCCACGCCUACGUUGUCUUCGCUUUUCAAGCCGAGCGGUUCUCCUCCAGUCUCUUCCAGUGCGUCUCAGAAUCCCUUUCAGUCUUUGUCGACUUCCGGUCCUGGUAACUUCGCUAUUCCUUCCAUUUUCCCAAAGGUACCUACGGAAAGCCAGGAGACCAGAUCAACUGCAUUGAUCACCACUGCGCCGUCUACUCUGUUCAAGACCGACAAUAUCCCCAAGGAUUCGUCAACUGCAUCCAAGAAUCCGUUUGGGUUUGCUCAAUCAUCUUUCCCAGCUGCGGCCCUUGGGACUUCUUUGCCUUCAGUUGCUGCUUCGGCGGCUUCAUCUCCGCUUUCAUUCUCAAAAUCCCCCGAGUUCAAGGAACAGUCAAAGGCAACCGAGGCUGCAGAGUCUGAGACUCAACCGUUCUCAUUCUCCGCCGCCCAACCCGCAUUUCCGGCAAAAGAUUCUAUCUUUACGCCCCCAAAGGCACCGGAGCCUAAGCAGAAAGCUGAACCCCCAGCUACUGUUUCACCGACAGCCAAGAAACAGCCUUUCAUAUCUUCUCAGCCAUCAUCCUUGCCUAAACCAACUGAAUCCUCAAUUUUCAGAAGCUCUGCGCCUGCCCAAGUCCAAGCUCCGGUCACUGAGUCAUCUAGUAUCUCGGCUUCUGCAUCAGCAUUCAAACCAGCUACAGUUUCAUGUUCUCCCGCGGUCGCUUCUGCUAGUCAAUCUGUCUCGAGCGCUCGUAAUCCUGCUCACUCGCCUCCUCAAACCCUCUUUGAGGCCCUGCGGCAACCGAAGAUUUUCGAUGCCAAAUCGUCUACUUACUCCCCUUACCAAAGCCCUACCAACCAGCCGCCGUUGUUUCCAGAUGCAACCUCUACAGUGGCAUCGGAUCAGCAGGGCUCGUUGAAACGUCAGCAUGGUGCCACGGAUUCCGACGCAUCUCACCAGCACAAGAGACGGUCGUCAUUGAAGGGAAAUUCCACAGCUGCAUCGUCUGAUGGCUCAUUAAAACGUUCCGUUCGCUUUGAAGAAGCGAGCGAACAAGAGCAUGCUUCUUCAAAGGAACCGAUUGUCUCCUCAGAGCACAGGAGUUCGAAGACGGCCAAGAAGAAGCGACCGAUGCAUGAACAGACUGAAGGCCCAGCAGAAGAGCAGGGUCCGAAUUUUAAGCUAACUAAGGUCUCCGCACCGGAAGAGGACACGCCAUUCAAGUUCUCUGUCUACAAGGCCGAAAACCGACCCGUUCCAAAACUUCCGAUCCUAGAGAGGCUCGAAAAGAAACUGGAAGCAGCAAAGGCCCUGUGCGAGCCCAGACGCAUGACAGAAGAUGAACUCAAGUUCAUUGAGGAAGCAAGACUAAGACGAGCUCGCCAAGUCGACGAAGACGAAAUUGCGCUGUCCCGCGCCCGCAUUCUAGCCGAACAAUUGAAGAACGGCCCCGGUAUUUUCAACGGCUGGACAGGCCCCAUCCGGCAGCCCUGGGACGAUCCAAACUGGAACCCCGUUGCCCGUAUUUUGGAAAAAGGCGGGUAUGAGGUUGCUUAUGCUCCCGAUACCCCGGAUCGUCCUAUGUCCCGUACUGAGCGCCGGAUUCGACACACCGGCGCCCGUGGUCUGGCACAUGUACCGUUGGAUUUCCAGCGUCGGAGGAGAGAUGAGGCGAAGGCCCUUGCCGAGAAGCAGAAGGUGCAGAAGGAAUCGAAUGGACGGAGGGAUGGAGAUGCGAAUGGCGACUCUUCUCGGAAUGUUUAG